CAGCCUAAGCCUGGGGUGGUAACUGGCAGGCGCCUGCAGCACCCUUUCCUUUUUGCCUUACACUGGACUCUACAUCAUACUUGGUCAGCAGCGACGGCAGAACCCAAGCAGGAAAGAUGGUCGUCGUAAGGAGGAGGAACGUGAAAGUGUUUACCUUCGCCUUUUUGCUCAUCACGGUAACAUCGUUUCUGCUGAACUACACGCAUCAGGUGACCAUGACCACCUGGGAUCUGAGACAUCUCAUCAUGCAGUUUUCAGAGCAAGUACAAAAACUCUUCAAGUACCCCAGGAGACCAUGCAGCUGUCGCACGUGCAUUUCUGAGCUGGGACAUUCCCUCUGGUUCGAUCAGAGAUUUAAUUCAACUAUGCAACCUUUCCUGACCUCACAAAAUGCCUUGAUCCCAGAAGACAGCUACAGGUGGUGGCUGAAACUGCAAGGAGAGAAAACUCCGAAGAAUAUUAAUGCUACUCUCAAGGAAUUGUUUGGAAUCAUUCCAGGGGAUGGGGAUCCACUGCAGGAGCGAGGCACUUACACGUGCAGACGGUGUGCUGUUGUGGGCAACUCUGGGAACCUUCUGCAGUCUCAGUAUGGCCAAGAUAUUGACUCCCAUGACUUUGUGCUCAGAAUGAACCGUGCCCCCACCACUGGCUACGAAUCAGAUGUUGGGAGCAAGACCACUCACCACUUCGUUUACCCCGAGAGCUACAAAGAGCUGGCAGAAAAUGUGAGCAUGAUCCUGAUCCCCUUCAAAACCCUGGACCUGCACUGGGUUGUCACCGCUCUCACCACAGGCACCAUCAACUUCACAUACAUUCCAGUUCCACGGAAAAUCAAAGUCAAAAAAGAAAAGAUCCUGUUUUAUAAUCCAACUUUUAUGAAAUACGUCUAUGAAAACUGGCUCCAGCAUCAUGGGAGAUACCCCUCCACAGGCUUUCUGUCUUUGAUAUUUGCACUCCAUGUAUGCGAUGAGGUGAAUGUGUAUGGUUUUGGAGCAGACAGCAAAGGACACUGGCAUCAUUACUGGGAAAACAAUGUUUCAGCUGGGGCUUUCCGGAAGACAGGUGUCCAUGACGGGGAUUUUGAGUUCAAUGUAACUUUGACUCUUGCCUCCAUUGAAAAAAUAAAUUUUUUCAAGGGCAGAUGACCCUGGCCAUGGGGAGAAGUGGGGGCUGCAAUUUCCAACGUGCAGCAGAACAAAGCUCAAUGAAGAUGAUCCGGGCGCCAGCCAGGUUUGAAUGCGUGAAUCUGCAGUGGAUUCAGAGUGUCUCGCUGCUGCAAUGCUCACCGCAAGGAGCUCAACCGAGGACCGGCUUCCACGCUGCAUGUAAUUUCCUAUCUACAGAUAGCUGGGAACUACCAAUCAGUUGUGGGAAUAAAUGAAUCUCUGCUUAGGCUCUACGGCUUGAUUCUUGAAUUACUGAGGAAAAAAAAAGAUCUGCCUGUUGCUAUUAGGGGAAACCUGGGCACAGGAACUGCUGUUUGUCUGUUCUUUCCUUGACUAAGGCAGGAGAUCCUUGAAGAAUAGUGAAAACUACUUCUGGGACUUGAGACCUGCUAAGGCAGCUGUGAACAUCACAGUAAGGAUUACCUCAAAGAAAUGAAUUCACUUCUGCUGUUGAUCUUCUUUUUGAACUGUCUCUUCUGUUUCCUCUAUUACUUCUGGUUUCAUGCUGUAUUAAGCAAAAACAUGAAGAAGUUGCCUGGAGUAGUAAAUUUUUCAGCCAUUGCCUCAUUCUGCAUUGAUAGCAUCUAGAAAAUAUGGAUCAAAUCAUCUCUGAUCAUAUAUUAUUUAAUAUUGCUUCCUAUACAGCCAUA